CAGUGAAAAAAAAAAAAAAUCCCAACAUCCGAUCAACAAGCCCUUACUUUUCUUCAAGUUCGUGGCAAAAUAGUUCUGCAACGACUAUCUCUUCUCUGCUUCAUCCCUUGCCCCCAGAACUUGUCCUCGCUUUCUCUCUUACGCCCCACUUCCUCUUCCUCCCCCUCAAUUUUCCGUCCAUUCGCUCUACCUUCCUUCAAAACGGCCUUCCACCCAAUAAGAGCUCUGAGAGAGUGGCAAGAGUACGAGGGGGCAGUGAAGCGCAAGGACCUUACCAGAGUUCUCAGGUUCUUGAAAUCAAUUGAGAAAGACAAUGAUGACCCAGUUGAGGAGAAGUUCAAACAUGGUUCUUUGUCUAUUGAAUCGCGUCGGCCCCAACUCGGAGAGCUGGGUUUUGUUGUUGGGUUAGAGAGGGAUUGGGAGGUCUUGGAUACUUGUUUGAGUUCUAGUGAUAUGAGACUUGUGGGUAGUGCUUAUGGGUUUCUAAAGGACCGAGGUAAAUCAAACUGCAUGCUGUAUGCUGUUUGAUUCUUAAGCAAUAUAAUCUCUUGUUGACACCUUUAGUUUAUGGAAGUUAUAAAGGCCCAAACUCAGCAUUUUUCUACUGGCUGGAACUCAGUUUUGGGAUGAGAAAAUGAGUAAUGAGCUGGCUAAGGGAUGAUUGAGUGGCUCUACCUUUGACAGGUACUGCAUAGUGCUUUUUGCUGGUAUUGCUGCUGAAGCUCUGGUUUAUGGUGAGGCUGAGGGUGGGGAGAAUGAUGAAAAUGUCCUCCUGCAACUGCCAUUGUCUGUAGCUCAGUAAAUCUGCAACUAUCUAUUUUCAUGCCUUUACUCCAUUAAUAGGUACUAAUUAUUCUCACCUAGAGAGAGAAAAGAUGCUAAUCACUGGUUUUCAUUACUUUGAGAAGAUUUCAAAUCAAGCUAGGUGGUCUGUUCUACAGUCUUUCAACGUGCUUAAAUGGCACAGGCAUGUUCAUUGAGCUGCCGUCAGAGCUUUGGAAAGUGGUGGUAGACUUAAUAUUGUAAUUAGAAGGAUUGAGCAAGCCAUGUCUUCUGGCAGAUGAUGUGCAGAAGUACAUAAACAUGCUGGUUUCUGUGGUCCAAUGGAGUUCAAGAGUUAAAUGUUCUAUAUGCACCUAUAGGAAGGCUUAGAUAACCAUCGUCUGUUCUUUUAUGGCUGGGCAUGGUAAACUGAGGCAUGGAAGUUCUGAAGCGUUACUCUGAUUAUUGUUCUCUACUCUUUUCCGUACUAAAUACUAAUCGCAUAUGUCAUCAGUUAUGAGAAAGAUUUUCCUCAAAUGAUAGUUUUCUUAGUGUCAUAACCCAAUUUUAAUUGGGGCUAAAUGAUAGAAUUAGGCGUCUAUAUGGACUAUUUUUGCAAAAAACAUGAAACUUGAAAUGCUGAAAGGAGGAAUCAACAAAAUGACGUGGUUUUGCUUGUAGGUUCAAAUAAAGAGCCCUGGCCGCCCAAGACUCAUCCCGUUGCUCUGCCUCCAGCCUCUUUCAAACAGAAAAAUCAUAAAAUUUCCUGGGCUUACCCCUAAAUCUACUCAAGUUUUGAAGAGAUUUUCGGAGAUUGAAAGUGCAAAAGAGAGUUCGAAAUUGAUUCAAAGUGGGGAAGUUCUAAGCUCAAAAGGUAUGAAUCUAGACUUGAAAAGGGAUAGAUGUGGGGAAAACUAAGAAAUCCCGUUCCAAAUAGAAUUGAGUUGUUAUCUUAGGGAUUGGGAUUCAGUAUUAGAAGCACAUUAGGAUUGGGUUUUUCUUUUAUCUAUAAAAAGGGGGCUUUUGGCUUUAGGAGGGCAUUCAGCAAAAAUUGAGGGAGAGGGGGGAAAAGAAAUCCAAGAGCCGGCGGAGAGAGUGUGAAGCAAAGGAAGGAAGAAGUCUUGUAUUUUUAAGUUUGUAGCAAAUAAAUAAAUUGGCUUUUAUCCAUUUCAGGUGUGUUUUUUUGGAUCUUGAAUCUCAAUUUUCUGUAUUU